AAUUGAGCUUUCGGUUUUCUCUGCUUCUGAUACAGUUCUGCCAUGGAAACCCUGGCUUCUCAGCUCACUUCGACGCUUCGUUUGCCUUCGAUGGUGUCUGUAAGCUUUAAUGGCAGACUCUCAAGCUCCAUUGUUCUCACAAAACCGAGCUCGCGUGUCCAUACAUUCAGAUGCUCAGCACUAUCAUCGCCUUCUUUAGUGGAUCAAUCGGAAAGAUUUUCGGAAGCUUCGAAGAAGGGAAAUUUAAUUCCUCUGUAUCGAACAAUAUUCUCGGAUCACUUAACUCCGGUACUUGCAUACCGAUGUCUGGUUAAGGAGGCUGAUAUAGAUGCUCCAAGCUUUCUGUUUGAGUCCGUUGAGCCGGGUUUGAGGGCUUGCAGUAUUGGGCGGAACAGUGUGGUUGGAGCUCAGCCCGCGAUUGAAAUAGUUGCGAAAGAGAAUAUGGUUACGAUUCUCGACCACGAGGAAGGAUGUAGAACAGAGGAGAUUGUUGAGGAUCCGAAGAUUGUUCCUCAGAGACUAAUGGAGGGAUGGACACCUCAGCUUGUCGAUGAACUUCCAGAAGCAUUUUGUGGUAGAUGGGUUGGUUUUUUCUCAUAUGAUUCUGUGCGCUAUGUGGAGAAGAAAAAACUACCAUUUUCUUCUGCCCCUCUGGAUGACAGAAAUAUUCCCGAUGUUCAUCUAGGCCUUUAUGACGACGUGAUUGUUUUUGAUCAUGUGGAGAAGUAUUUCAAGCUGGAUCUGACGUUCACUCUCUGCAAUCGCUUCACUCUAGCAAACAUAAACAGAAGCGUAGAUUCAAAUCCACAUGGACAUAAUUAUCGUUAUAAGAGCUUCUACAUACUUUGACUAAACAAAAUUUCCCUUUAAUUUUUUCCCAAUCUUUGGCUUUAGAGGAUGACAUGAAGCACCAAUUCUUGGCAUUAGCAGUUGACUAUGCAUCAGUCAUUUGCUGUCGCGUUUCUUUAAGACAAAAGGCAUUGGUAAGAAUGUUUUUUCCCUCAUCAGU